CAAAUCUAGAAACCGUAAGUCCAGAAGAAGCAAAACCAACAAAAACCAAAACAAACGCGGGGAAGGUUACUGCACUAUGCAGCUGCGGCGCCUACUGGCCGCUGCAUUACCCAUUAAUAGCUUACCCAACUGAAAACGCUUCUUCUCCUUCACCAAAUUCCAAGAGAAGAACCCUCCUUCCUCUCCUUUCCCCCAAUUCCAUCUGCUCGCCAUUUUCGCCCGUUGCCAACAGAGCAACUGAAGAAGGGGGGAAAAAGGAAGAAAGAAGGUCAAAUUUGUUCAGCUACCCAUCACAGUGAUUUCCCUCAUUUCCCCGAUUUUCACUGACGAAUUUUCUCACUGGGGGUUCCAUUGCUGUGUUUCCCGUGUCUCCAUUUCUGGUCUCGCAUUGCUGUAAAAGAGCUUGUUGCUUUGCAAUUUGCAAACCUUUUCAUGGCCCUGAGAGCUGCGGAGUCCAUCUGGGUCGGCGCCCAGUUCAACUCUCGUCCAGAUUCUCCCGGGUCGCAUGCGAGACCCGGGCUCAUUGCCGUGGGUCGUGAUUCGGGGCCGGAUAGGCUGUUUAGGAAAUGGCAAUGCCGUUGGGCGUUGGUUCCUGCUCAGACAAGUGUCACUCCGGUCGAUGAUGAGAAGCCUCUGACCCCUGAAGCAGCUAAACCUGUUGGGGCAACAAUUCAUGGCCCCAAGGAGAUUGUGUCCAAGGGAUUUCACAGGGAUCUCAACUUUCUUCCCAGACCGUUAAGUGUAACGGACGAUUCAUCUGAUGAUGGCACAAAAGUGAGGGUUGCAUAUCAGGGGAUUCCGGGUGCAUAUAGCGAAGCUGCUGCACUAAAGGCAUACCCGGGUAGUGAAACAGUACCAUGUGAUCAGUUUGAAGUUGCCUUCAAGGCAGUAGAACUUUGGCUAGUGGAUAAAGCAGUCCUCCCCAUCGAGAACUCAGUUGGUGGAAGCAUCCAUCGUAACUAUGACUUGCUCCUUCGCCAUAGGCUUCAUAUAGUAGGAGAGAUACAGCUGGAAGUUAAUCAUUGCCUCUUGGCAUUGCCUGGUGUAAGGAAGGAGGAGCUCAAACGUGUACUAAGCCACCCCCAAGCACUCGCUCAGUGUGAGAUGACAUUGAGCAACUUAAAUAUUACUCGAGUCAAUGCUGAUGAUACUGCUGGUGCUGCUCAGAUAGUAGCUGCAAGUGGCCAAAGAGACACUGGGGCAGUUGCUAGUGCUCGAGCAGCUGAGAUCUAUGGUCUUGAUAUUGUAGCUAAAAAUGUUCAGGACGAUGCAAACAACAUUACUCGCUUCCUUAUACUCGCGAGGGAACCUAUCAUUGCUGGGAACAACAAGCCAUAUCGGACAAGCAUUGUUUUCACCCUUGAAGAAGGUCCAGGUGUGCUGUUCAAAGCACUGGCAGUGUUUGCUAUGAGGGGCAUCAGCUUGACAAAGAUAGAGAGCCGGCCACAGAGAAAGCGCCCAAUGAGAGUGGUCGACGGUUCUAACAACGGCAGUGCCAAGUAUUUCGACUACCUCUUUUACAUAGACUUCGCAGCUUCCAUGGCAGAACCACGAGCUCAGCGUGCUCUGGGAAACCUAGAGGCGAGGGAGUUUGCUAGAUUCCUUCGAGUUCUCGGUAGCUACCCAAUGGAUACCAUUCGAUAAGGUGAGCCCGCGGUGUGUUUUACUUGAGUAGCAAGACAGAAAGGAAAGCAGUUGGCUGAUAAGAAAAAGAAACAGUUGGGCAGUGGCGUAUGUUGUACAGACAGAUGAUAGAGAUAGGGAAGGCGCGCCAUCGAUGCACUGCUGAUGGUUGCCGACUUGUUGUAAAGGAGCCAGCGUUUUUUCCCCUUCAUUUCUGCUUUCCUUCUUUCUCUUUCAGUUUUGUUCCGGUUCUUGGAGGGAUACUGCAGCAACUCCUUGCAUAGUUUACAAGAACGAUGUGAGCUGAGGGAAUUCCCUCUGUCAAUUCUGGAAAAUGUGUCUGUCUAUAACUUUAUAAGGAGAAGUUGAACUUGAGUGAGAUUGCUGCUGCAGUUUCCCCUAUUUGUCAAAGCUAACAACUUCCAUUUUUCCUGCAUGAAGACUUUGGAGAAGAGGGGGAAAUCAUUUUCGGGUUAUAUGGAGCUAAUGAAGGCUCGAUCAAUCGAAUAGCUGAAAGCUGCUACAGCAGUUCAAGCAAUAAGGUAAGUACAUAAAAAAAACACCCAGUCCACACAAGGAAACACUACAAAAUUGGCGCCAAAUGUCCCAGGGGCGCCAUGAUUAUAGAGAGCUUCUGUAUUUAUUCCUUAUUCAGGAUUUUCGUUUCGGAGUAGGAUUCCCAAUCCAAAUCGAAUUCCAAAUCCAAAUCCAAAUCCAAAUCAUUGUAGGAAGAGAUCAGCAGCAUCAAUGUUUUUAGUAUAAAUAGGUUUUUGCAGAUCAAGCCCCGAAUCACAGAACAGUAGAA